AUGGACGCCACGUUCCAGAUUGAUCUGGACAUUCUUCAGGACCCUCUCGUUCCCUCGACCGAGAAAGAAUGGAUGCUGGACGUCAUUCUUUCCCAGAUCGUUCCCUAUCGAUUCCACCAGGAACCUCGCCUCUUUCCAGAGCUUAGCUUCUAUGGCAUUUUGCUCAAUAAUCGAGAGGACUUCAUGAAGAUUUGGGCCUUUGUUACACGCUUCCACAGCUGGAUUUAUGGUCUUGCGUCCUCCAGUCCUGCAAUGGCAGACGAAGCAAUCGAGAGCUUGCGUCAAAUGAAACGCGACCUUGGUAUCGAUCUCGGUCUCGGAAUCGGCGGCGACCUCGCACUCGACAACAACCUCGGACUAGGCAUUGACUUUGGAGCGCUGGCCCCCAUCGAUUUGCCACUGCCUGAGUACCCUUCGCCUCCCGGGACUUCGGUUGAGAAAAGCGUACCAACAACGCCGCAGCCGAAGCCGCAGACUUACCGCACCAGGGCCCCGAAAGAGACGACGAGCCGUGUCCCUGACCAUCCUCUCUUGGCAGCAGAGCUGCAGAGACCCGCCACCCCUGCCUACGAAGGAGUAAUCCGGGACCUGAGCCACUUCCAGGAACUCGACGAGGCCUACAAUCGGCACGUGAAGCGGCCCCCUGGCACGGCUCCUGAACAAGACCCCUCUUGGCCAUCGACCACAGAGAAGCGCGUUGAAUACGUCCGGGAGAUGUACCUGGCCAUUGUCAAGACCGACGACUUCUUUGAGCUGCGCAAGGCCAGGGAGCGCAUGUCAAAGGCAAUGGCAAAGGUCUCGAAUGGCGCCGCGCAACAAGAAAAGGGGUCAAGCGACAAUGACAGCAGGAAGCGCAAGACAACUGCGACGAACAGCAACGCAUCCGAAAGACCCAAGGGCCUGAGUAAGGCCGAUUGGGAGUUGUUGAGCGAGACAAACUCAUCUAUGGAUCGUCUGAAUGCUGUCAUCCACCACAAGAUCGUUAACGUGGAGCUUGAGAUCGCCUGCUGGAGGCUUUUGCUGGCUGCUGAGGAUGCCCAACUGGGUUUCACAAUGAAACCAAUGUGGUCAGGCCAUCGCACUGUCUCAACGUGGGACCAGUUCAAUACGUUUGGCGAGAGGUGGUCAGCGAUGUGCGGAGAGCUCUUGGACUGCAAGAUUCUCGUGCAUUCACUUCUCCGAGCAGACUGGUUCUCAAAGUUUGCUAGCGCGCCGAACAAGGAACGGGCGGCCAAGCUUAGUAACGACCUUCUCAAUGGCCGUCGCGACGUCCAAAACCAGGUUGGACGCGACGUGAUCCGCGAGAGAACAGCCAACGAGGAGUGGCAGGCAUCAGAGGAUUUUGAAAUCCGCACAAGAGAGGGGAGCCUGGUGCACCAAGGCAACCAAAUCAGCGACAGGACUCGAAGACAGCUUGCAAAGCGGCAAAAAGUGUAG